UAGCUUUCUUUGAUUCUAUGUUCACGUUGCAAACAGAAAGCAGAUGCGAAUACAAAAGCAAUAAUUUACGUUUAAACCCGGCUGGACUGUGAAUCGAUUGCAAAGACUAACACAUCGCAACACCACGAUGGCCAAAUCUAAAUGGAAUUUACUGUUCGCCACAUUUAUUUUAUCUUGUGCAUCUCUGACAAGUCUCAUAGUGUCGCUUUGCACUCCUUAUUGGAUUAACUCGGAGGCAUACGAAAGCAGCGCUUAUAAAAACAGUAUAAUCAACUACGGCCUGUUUACUGGUUCGCUUACUCAGAACUUUCUGCCUAAUCAACGAUACUACGAUCUAACUAUAAGCUGCCUUUAUCGCGAGUAUGUGUGUGCAUAUAGUUGUCAAGCUACAGAGGAAGAGAGAUCAGAAGAAGUGUUGCUUCUUUUAAAAGGCUUACCCCGAUUGGCCGAUUGCCCUUUACGAACAUCUAGACAACUUUCAGUAGAUAAUCCAAGUCAACCAACCAACCAACAGCGCCAGAAUUCAGGCCCUUAUAAUCGUAGUAGCUUCAUCAACACAGGCUUCUGGAUAUCGACAGUUGUGUUUGUUGGUAUCGCCAUCGGAUUUGCCGGCACUGCUGCAAGUUUUUCCAUCAUUAAUGUUUUAUUCAAUCCAGUUGAGCCAAUUUUCAGUGUUUUCGGGCUGUACAUUUGGAACGGAGCGGCUAUCGGAGCAAGUGCAUUAUCCUUGAUCUUGUGGGGAUCUUUAUUUGCAAGCACACUAACGGAGAACAUAGCGGUCACCGAUACACUCACAAUACAACUUCCUUACAAUUCAGAAGGACUCGCCUCGUUGGGAUUUUCUUAUUGGUUUUUACUAUUGCCGAUUGGUUUACAUGCCACUAAUGUUGUGCUAUUAAUUAUACGUCGAUACGUAAUCAACAGGGAACCCCCUCCCACGACGAUAGAUGUGGAUAGUUCGGAUUUAACGAUAAUCAUGUACUAAGCUAACAAAGAAGCAUAA